AACACACACUCAGAUUUUUCACCCUCCCUUUUAUUAAAUUUUUCGCAAAAAACAAAAACAAAAUAAAAAUAUAUUCAUCACUCUCUCGUGAGUGCGUUCUUCACCUAACCCUUCAAAUUCAACUUUCCUCUUCCAUUCUCGCUUUCUCUCAAUUCAUCAAUUUCAAUUUCAUUUUCGUUUUCUCUCAAUUCAGAUCGACAUGGCGCUAUCACGUUUAGCAUCAUCAUCCUCUUCAUCUUCCUCAACCGUCGGAUCCAAAUUCCUCAAACCCUUAACCGCCGCCUUCUCCCUCCGCCGCUCGAUCUCCUCCGACUCCAACCCAAUCACAAUCGAAACCUCCGUCCCCUUCACCGCGCACAACUGCGACCCUCCCUCACGCUCCGUCGAAACCUCCACCGCAGAGCUUCAUUCCUUCUUCCGCCAGAUGGCCACGAUGCGCCGCAUGGAGAUCGCGGCUGAUUCCCUCUACAAGGCCAAACUCAUCCGCGGAUUCUGCCACCUCUACGACGGGCAGGAGGCCGUCGCCAUCGGUAUGGAGGCUGGGAUCACCAAGAAGGAUGCCAUCAUUACUGCUUACCGUGACCACUGUACCUUCCUCGGCCGUGGAGGGACGCUUCUCGAGAUUUUCUCCGAGCUCAUGGGGCGUGUUGAUGGGUGCUCCAAAGGGAAGGGUGGUUCUAUGCAUUUCUACAGGAAGGAGACUAACUUCUAUGGUGGUCAUGGGAUUGUUGGGGCUCAGGUUCCUCUUGGUUGUGGUGUGGCUUUUGCUCAGAAAUACUCCAAGGAUGAGGCUGUGACUUUUGCUUUGUAUGGUGAUGGUGCUGCCAAUCAGGGACAGUUGUUUGAGGCACUUAACAUUGCUGCGCUUUGGGACCUGCCCGCCAUCUUGGUCUGCGAGAAUAACCAUUAUGGUAUGGGAACUGCUGAAUGGAGAGCUGCUAAGAGCCCUGCUUAUUACAAGCGUGGAGAUUAUGUUCCUGGCUUGAAGGUAGAUGGCAUGGAUGUUCUUGCUGUGAAACAGGCUUGCAAAUUUGCAAAGGAACAUGCAUUGAAGAAUGGACCCAUUAUUCUUGAAAUGGACACUUACAGAUACCAUGGUCACUCCAUGUCUGAUCCUGGCAGCACUUACCGCACACGUGACGAAAUUUCUGGAGUGAGACAGGAGCGUGAUCCACUUGAGAGAGUAAGAAAGCUGUUAGUGUCUCAUGAGGUUGCUACUGAAAAGGAGCUUAAGGACAUGGAGAAGGAAGUGAGGAAAGAAGUUGAUGAAGCUAUUGCUAAAGCUAAGGAGAGUUCAAUGCCAGACCCGUCUGAUCUAUAUAAGAAUAUAUAUGUUAAAGGUUAUGGGGUUGAGGCAUUUGGUGUUGAUAGGAAAGAAGUGAGAGUUACGUUGCCGUAAUUAACAACUUGGUCCUUUGGAUAUCUUAUUACCUUGGUACCAGGCUGAUCAAAAUAAUGAGGAAUAAAAGGUUCUAUAGCAGGUUGAGCUUUCUGGUCGUAUAUAUGAAAUUUAUUCAAGAAUAGCAAUUGGGCGUAAAUUAAUACUUGUUGCCAUGUAAUUCUGGAGGAGCUAACAGCCAGAGCAUAUUACUGUGAUUGAUGCAACUGGGUGUUCUGCAAAUUUGCAGAAUUCAUUGUGCAUAACUCCCCUGAACCUGUCUUCCUUAAUUCGUGGCGAGUUUUUGCCAUAAGUUUUGUUUUAUUCACCAGAUUGUGUUUCCAUCGAAACCAUUUUUUUCGGUAUCAAGAACUCAAGUUGCUUUUGAUAA